AUGAAAUCCCCAAUCUUCGGCCUGUUCUCCCUUCUCGGCACUACCAACGCCCUCGUCGGCCUAACCUGGAACGUCGCCAACGUCUCCAGCAGCGGACUAAAAGACAUAACCUUCCCCAUCGCGAUGCCAAACACAGCCCAUAAAUCAGGAUACUAUUUCGCGCAACAAUACAGCUUCAUCGGACAAGACGACGUGGGCUACACGGGUCUACAGCCCCGCGAAGAUUCUUCCUCUUCACCGGUCGUGCACGCCGCCUUCUCCAGCUUUGUCGCGGGCACAACUAGCGCUGACGAGAAUUGCUCUGACGGCGCUGAUGGUGGCGCGGGUGUUUCCUGCGCCGUCGAUGUAAACGCCACCUACGCGCAUGGAUAUCUACUACAGGUGAAGAAUACGGAAGGCACGACCUGGACCGGGACGUUGAUUGAUGCGGUUACGGGGGUGAAGACGCAUAUUGGGUCCUACACGCUUCCUGGGGGUAGUGGGGGCAUUAAGGAUUCGCAGUUGGGCUUUGUGGAGUAUUAUCCCUGGAAUAGUGGGAGUCAUUCUUGUGGGGACUUGCCAAAGACGAAUGUUACGUUUGGUGUGCCGACUACCACCGGGGGUGAGGGGAGUUUGGAGAAUGCGUAUGAGUAUGGGGACUGUGUUGGGAAGGUGGACUUUGGGACUAAGAGGGUUGGUUGGGAUGCUGUGGAGGUUGUUGUUGGUUUCUAG